AUGUCCAAGUCACAGCAAACAUGGGAAGUUGAGGAGCGGAAAUUACAGUCUGUCUAUGACGACAUAUCAUCCCACCGACUUACCUCUGCUCAAUCAACUCUCACUCGGUACCUAAAGAAAUCACCUAAAUCCCAGCCUGCUUUGAUUCUGAAAAUGUACAUCCAGCAGAAAAACGGUGUAUCGGAAGAUGACCUAUUGGGAUCGUAUGAACAGAUAAAGGGAUUAGGGGAGAUGAGUGGAAGGGGAGUUUGGUGGGUUGGUUUGAUAUUUAGGAAUAUGGCUAGGACCGACUUGGCUCUUCAACUGUACAACGACCUAUCGUCCAAACACCCCGAUUCACCCCAACUACUCGAACAGGUUUUUCUGCAUGCCGCGGCGGAUAAUAACACCGAUGUACUGGUAAAAAGCAGUAGGAAGAUAUUUAAUUUGACUCGAGAAGAGAGGUGGGCUAGGCUCAGUGCAUGGAGCGAGUGGGUCAAGAAAGCACCUCAACCUACUCCCUCUCGACCAUUUCCUUCGCCCUGCUCGGAUCCUACAUCACUGAAAAUAGCUUUACUAUUGCUAAACACGUCAAAAUCGCCCUCUACUUCUGAAGGGUUAUGGUUGAAACUACAGAUCGUCCUUUCUGCCGGACAGCUUGAAGAAGCUCUAGUGUUCUUACAAGAUCAAGGUCAGGAGGGGGGGUUGGUAAGACUCUGGUGGCGGAUGGAAGGAGCUAGAGAGGUUUUGAAAAGAAUGGAAGAGGGGGGGAAAGAUACGAUACAGUACUGGGAGAAGGAGAGGGAAUGGGUUGGAGAAUUGUUGAAAGCUGAUAAAGAUUCGCAGAGGAAUUACUCGUAUUACCGACAUCUACUGUUAUGUAUCGGACAUCUCGUGUCAAGUGGAGAGCAAGUCAGAUCCACCGAUGAUCUGUUACAAAAGCUGGAGCAGGAACUUGGAACCAAGGAAAGAUCACCUUCAUUAGCAAGAUUGGAAUUACAGAAGAUUUUACGCAAAAAUCAACCACAAUCUGACAGAGUGUGGGAUAAUGAGACAUGGUUGAAAGCCGUUGAGAAGUAUUGGAUACAUUGGGGCUCGAAGGGUAGUAUCGUGACUGAAAUUGAGGGUGUGUUGGACAAGGACGAUGAAGAGCGAAAAGGGUUGGUAGAAAGGUUGAUGGAUAAACAGGCUUCUCAACAACAUACCGACGAACAGGCUUUCCGAGAACAAAUAAACUCUACGAUAUACAUUUUUCGUCAAAAAUCCAAGGACUGGAAACCUAAUUUGGAAGAGAUAAAGAAAUAUUGGGAUUUGUAUCUAUCAGGCAUACUAUAUGGUGAAACUCUACCGAAAACGGAUGUUCGACCUGCCGAUCAAAUUGGUCUGGUGACCGUAGCUCUACUGAUCGAAUUAUGGUCGGUCGACAAGGUCAGAGUAGAACUACUGUUCCGAGCUAUAUUAUGUUUGGAGAAGAUUCUUGGGGAUAGUCCGGCUUGUGCGCAUGGUAGAUUUUUACUGAUCAGGUUAUAUCGAUUAAUUGGAGCCCCUUCACUGAUUGGUCCUCAUUUGAGUUCACUGAAAUUAUCGGAGAUCCAAAUUGAUAAUUUACUUCAUAUAUAUACCGAACGAGGUGCAUGCGAGAGCUUGUUGGGAGCAAAUGAAGAAUUAUGGAAUGAUCAUAUGAAGAAAUCUGGUGAUAUGUAUCAGAGAACACUAGUCGAUUUCCCGGAAUACGUCAAGGAAUGUCUAAGUAAUGAAACGUACUCUAAAAUACCUUCAAUUCAAUACAUCUCCUCAUCCCUUUCCAGAUCCAUUACGAACCAUAGUCGAACGAUAGAACAAGCCCGACUAGCUACAUACCUCUCGGCGCCGUAUGGUCCAAAGCUACUGAAGAAGUUGGAUUUGGCUGCUGAACAGGAGGAAGUAGUGGAUCUGAGGAAUUGGGAAUUGAUCAGUGAGAUUGGAGGCAACAGACCUUUGAUCAAAGAUUUGACUAGCCUGGAGCAGCCGUUGGAAGGAAAGUGGGUUCAGGUGUUUGGAAGGUCUUAUAGGGAUUUGGCGAGGUUCAGUAAUGGGGAGGAGAUAGAGGAGGUGGAUGUGGAGGCUGAAGGAUUGACUUCGCCUGAGGGUUCGCUGGUGAAGAAUGCUCAAAGGUCACUUAACCUUGCUGGCAAAGCUUUGAGAUCAUCGGAUGAGAUACCGAGAUCGGAAGUUGAAUCAAUCUUUGAAGGCAAGUCAACUGCUCGACCUGUCACUCCACUUAGAUCAUCAGUUGACACACCAGAUGGCGUUUCAGAGAGCAUACGAUUGUUUUUGUCUGAUGCAUCAGGAUGGGAACAGAGACAAUCUCUGAUCUGUCUAUAUGAGCUGAUCAAAGUGUUCGAUUUGAUCUUGAACAAAUUGAUAGAGAUCAAUAGACCCCUCAAGGGGAAGAAAAAGUUACCUGUGCUAGUUCAGUACAUUAAUAAUUUGAAAAAUGUCAGGGAGAAACUGCAGAAAGAAGGGUUGAAAGAUGUGUUUGGCAAGAUAGAUGAGAUUGUGAAAGAGGAAACUCGAUGGGAUGAUGUUGCUGAUGGAUGGAUUGAAGAUAAAGAGUUCGUGGUGAAGUGGAGUGAAUCGAUAGAUAAGUCCAGGAUACAUGCGUUGAAUAAGAUGAAAGAUCUGUUGAGCGGGAAGUAG